AUGGCUGGCGGCACUCAGCGGCAGGUCCUCGCGACUGGUAACGGUGUCUUGUUUGAGGUCGUUUUCAAGAAUGCCGACCCCCGAAAGAAGCCAAACGGUGGCAUCUCUUUGAGCUACGGAGGCCAGGUCUACAGGUGCAAUGACGCGGCGUCAAUAGGCUCCGUCCACACCAUCUACAAUGACGACGAGGACGGCGCUGCUGAUUCAAGCAAGUCGGAUCACCAGGGCAAAAUGAACAGCCAAGGAUCCCCGCGCAAGCCAGUUUCGCCAUCUGCUUGCCUGAAGAAAAUCCCAGGAGAGCCUGUUUUGCGGUCAGCCCCUUCGCUCAAGUCUUCGCCAAAGAAGCUGAAAAGAAGCCGAACGCUUUCGCCCUCGCACCAAUCUCGGGCUCGCUCUCUCCUGGCCCCCUUGUCCAAUCUUUCGCGAAAGCUAGCAAUGCGUCGCCACAGCUAUGACGAGGAUACGAAGACGAAGCGAGAAAAGAGCCGGGGCCGGGAGGACAAGGCCCGGCCACUACCUGAUCGAAGACCUGUUUUGCAAAGCGUUCCGUAUAGCUUCCCACAAGUGCCACCGCCACUUGCCUACCAAAAUCGAUUUCCAAUGUACCAAUACGUUCCGGCCCCUCAGCACCAACCAGUCUUUGGUGUGCCGCCAAUGGCGUAUCCAAUGACACAAAACGCGACCAACACCACACCCCAACUUCCACCCGAGCUUCAGCAACUCCAAGACCGCAUCAACCAUGUCACUAUUAUUUUGGCGGCUAAUCCGAUCGAUCUAAACGUCAAACGUGAAUUGAAUCGGCUCAUCGCGGAGAGAAAUUCUUUCCUAGAUUCAGCUACAAAGAGAACUGUGCCAUCGGCCGCUCCAGGCCCCGUUGAACCGGCCCAACCGAAAGCCGAUGAUGUCCGUCCCGUUGCAGGACGGGAGCCUGCCGACAAGCCGAACAACAAAAAGUUGCAGAAAAAGGAUACAGCUAGCACUGCACCCAGUGAUGCAAGCGUUGUGGAAGAGCGCCAUAUUUGCUCCGGCUGCGGCGAGGAACGCUCGCCAAGCUUCCACAGGAAGCAUCCCUUUACGAAGGCCGUUCAUAACGUCUGCAGAAAGUGCCGAGAGGGCAAGCGAGCCCAUAGCGUCAUGAAGCGGUACCACUUUUGUGACAGCUGCGGCAUUGUUCGGUCGAAGGAGUACCACCGUCGUUGCGGAAGUGCAAGUUUCGUGUCUGCGCGUUCCAAAAUCUGUCGCAAGUGCCACGCACACGGCAGCUAUAUGCGUCAGUCUACGGACAAGGAAUCCCAUUAUUACAAGAAGCGCGUCAACGGCCGUAAACAUGGAGAAUUUGCAGAUAGAAAGCCAAGUUCCCGUACCUUGCCACCGAGGGAUCAGGUCCUUGCUGAGCCUCAAGCGUACAAACAACCAAUUCGACAGACUAGCUCCGCAGAUAACAGUAGCAUUUCCGGCUACGAUGGUGCCUCUGACUUGAUCUCGUCUACUCGGGACACUGAGCCGCCUCAAAUCCCGCAUCCUCCUGCCAAAGCAAGCCCUUUCACCAACUACCGCUCUCCGGAAAUAAGCGAUGAGGAUGCCAGCUCCGAUCAGCCUGUGUCGCUGGAGAGCAGCUUCCAUAGCUUCAGCCCAGGCUCGCCCUCGUAUAACGAGCCCGCUGCACCGAACCCCCAGCCUGUCGAGGUUUCUUCUCUCGACGACCCAACCUCCGAGUCGAGCGAGGCGUCGUUCGUGGCACCACAGCACACCACCUCGUCUAGCAACCCAUACUACCAGCCUCGCGGCACCGCUGGACGACUGUCUUCGUCGUUUCACUUCACCGAGGCUUCUCUCUGCCCACCUUGCUCCCCUCCGGUUGCGCAGCCCUUCUCUCAAGUCUGGAACUCGUCCUCCCCAGGCGUUUCUCCCGAACGGCCUGACUUUGCUGACAAGCCUCGCUUCGUCGACCGCAACCAGUCUUGGCCAGGUAACCUAAAUCAGCCCUCCGCGGAGGCAUUCUCCUGCCUUCCCGGCACCGCCCGAAAAGUGUCCGCAUCCGAGGGUGCCAGGACGCCGCAGGCAAGCCCGACCGCCCCCGACUUCAACUACAGCCCCAUCCAUACCGGCGACGAGGGCGAAGAAGACGAAGCAGCCGAGCGCUUCACCACCGGCGCGUUUGGCAGGAUCCCAUCUUCCUUCAAGCCCAGCCCGCCGUCCUCUCCGUUGGCCAGCUUCAGCGGGCCUAUUUCGAACCCGGCCCCCGAGACCGGCAGCGGUUCAAAGGGAGCGUAUUACCACGAGCCCAGCGCAGGUGGUGGUGGUUGCGGCAGCAGCGCCGGCAGCUCGCGCAGAGAGUCUUCCGCCUUUGACAGCUACAACCCGGAGCGGCCCGCUUCCCCGUCGAGCUUAUCCCUCCCGUUUCGCUUCGGACGGGGACGGCCCAAGUCGUACUCGCGCCGACAGACCCGCGGCGGCGAUGGCGGCGGCGAGUUUGCGUCUACGCGCGGGGCGUGGAAUAUCAACACCUCGUCCUCGGCAUCCUCGUUUGCGCGCCACGCCACAGACGGCGGCAACGAGCACGGUCUCGCUCCUCCGGAGCCCAUCAUCGAAGAGCCAUCUUCCCCUGCGCCGAAGUCACCCACCACCACGCCCCUGUUACUCGGGGACUUGUCUGACUCGGCCGUCGAAUUCCUCACAGGUUCCUCCUCCUCGCCGUCGUCGUCCGCGUGCUCAUCCGAGGAGAGCCUACUGCUCGCCUCGCACCUCAACAGUCUCAGCGUGCACAGCAACUAA